GAGUUGACACCCGAGGAGCAAAGGAAGCGAACCGAUGGCAGCGACACAAACCGCCCGGCUGCGCUGACUUUCAGUCUUGCAUACAAAUGGAAGAAAGGACUGUCAUCACAUAAUUGGAGCUUCAGCCUUCCAGUUGCUGAAGGCUUGUAAGAAACCCAAGCCAGUCAUAUGAGAUGUGAAUUUGCUGAAUGAAGAAUGAGAAACAUGAGUAACGACGUCAUUGCAGAGGACUGACCAGCACCAUCAUUUCUCACAUAACGUCUUGUGUUUUAGCCCCCAUCAUUCUGUCUCAUCCUGCUCGUCUGCCUCACACGCCAUCGCCUACUGGCUCUGCUGUCCAGCCCGGGCAGAGUGGACCCGUCCCUUUCCCCAGGCCUCGUGCCCUCCCAUCGGCGGCCCGCUCCGGCGGUGUGUUGGAGUACGAUGGCGCGGUGGGACGCUGAGGGCUGUCGCGGGGGACUGUGAUGUCAGAGCCCAACAGCCCGGGCGAGAGCCGGCGUGGCGCUCCCAGAUUCUUCGUGGGCUGCGAGGACGAUGAGAGCGAGGUCCUGGAGGACAGCAUGAGGACAGACAUGGAGCUGUAUGAGGACGACGAAGACACAGACUCGCCCCCGGAGCGACAGAUCGUGGUGGGGAUCUGCUGCAUGAUGAAGAAGUCCAAGUCCAAGCCAAUGACCCAGAUCCUGGAGAGGCUGUGCAGGUUUGAGUACAUCACCGUGGUCAUCUUCCCAGAGGACGCCAUCCUCAACGAGCCCGUGGACAAAUGGCCUCUGUGUGACUGCCUCAUCUCCUUCCACUCCAAGGGCUUCCCGCUGGAUAAAGCAGUGAGCUACGCCAAACUGAGAAACCCUCUGCUCAUCAAUGACCUGAACAUGCAGUACUACAUACAGGACAGGAGAGAGGUUUAUCGCAUCCUGCAGGAGGAAGGGAUUGAUCUACCACGCUAUGCUGUGCUGAACCGUGACCCAGAUAAACCAGAUGAAUGUAACCUGGUGGAAGGAGAGGACCAUGUGGAGGUGAAUGGAGAGAUAUUCCAGAAGCCUUUUGUUGAGAAGCCUGUGUGCGCUGAGGACCACAAUGUCUACAUCUACUACCCCACCUCUGCUGGUGGGGGCAGCCAGCGCCUCUUCAGAAAGAUUGGUAGUCGGAGCAGCGUGUACUCACCGGAGAGCAGUGUGAGGAAAACGGGCUCUUACAUCUAUGAAGAGUUCAUGCCAACAGAUGGCACUGAUGUUAAGGUGUACACUGUGGGGCCGGACUAUGCUCAUGCCGAGGCCCGGAAGUCCCCUGCUCUGGACGGGAAGGUGGAGCGAGACAGUGAGGGCAAGGAGGUCCGCUACCCUGUCAUGCUGUCGGCCAUGGAGAAACUGGUGGCCCGUAAGGUUUGCCUGGCAUUUAAGCAAACUGUUUGUGGUUUCGACCUUCUCCGAGCCAAUGGACACUCCUACGUUUGUGAUGUGAAUGGUUUCAGUUUCGUGAAGAACUCAAUGAAGUACUAUGACGACUGUGCCAAGAUCCUCGGGAACAUUGUGAUGCGUGAGCUGGCUCCUCAGUUUCAGAUUCCUUGGUCCAUCCCUACUGAGGCAGAGGACAUCCCCAUUGUCCCCACCACUUCAGGGACCAUGAUGGAACUGCGUUGUGUCAUUGCUGUGAUCCGACAUGGAGACAGAACACCUAAACAGAAGAUGAAGAUGGAAGUUCGCAACCCCAUGUUCUUUGAUCUGUUUGAAAAAUAUGGAGGAUACAAGACAGGGAAACUAAAGCUGAAGAAACCAAAACAACUGCAGGAGGUGCUGGACAUCACACGGCAGUUGUUAGCAGAACUAGGACAGCACAAUGACUGCGAGAUCGAAGAGAAGAAGUCCAAACUGGAGCAGCUGAAGACUGUCCUGGAAAUGUAUGGCCACUUCUCGGGGAUCAACAGAAAAGUGCAGCUAACUUACCUGCCCCAUGGGCAGCCAAAAACCUCCAGUGAGGAAGAGGACACACGUAAGGAAGGUCCAUCUCUGCUGCUGGUGCUGAAGUGGGGGGGUGAGCUGACUCCUGCUGGCAGAGUGCAGGCCGAGGAGCUGGGAAGGGCCUUCCGCUGUAUGUACCCCGGAGGACAAGGAGACUAUGCAGGAUUUCCAGGCUGUGGGUUACUGCGGUUACACAGCACCUACAGACAUGACCUGAAGAUUUAUGCGUCUGAUGAAGGCAGGGUGCAGAUGACGGCUGCAGCGUUCGCAAAGGGUUUGCUGGCUCUGGAGGGUGAGCUGACACCCAUCCUGGUGCAGAUGGUGAAGAGCGCCAACAUGAACGGGCUGCUGGACAACGACAGCGACUCGCUGAGCAGCUGCCAGCACCGUGUCAAGGCCAGACUCCACGAGAUUCUGCAGAAGGACAGGGACUUCACGGACGAGGACUAUGACAGGCUGGCUCCGACCUGUAGUGCCUCUUUGGUGAAUUCAAUGAAGAUAGUCCAGAACCCAGUGGCCACAUGUGACCAGGUUUAUGCCCUCAUCCAGAGCCUCACCUCCCAGAUCCGCAAAAGAAUGGAGGACCCCAAAUCAGCUGACCUGCAGCUGUACCACAGUGAGACACUGGAGCUGAUGCUGCAGCGCUGGUCCAAGCUUGAAAGAGACUUCCGCAUGAAGAACGGCCGCUACGACAUCAGUAAAAUACCUGACAUUUACGACUGUGUGAAGUACGAUGUUAUCCACAACGCUACUCUAGGCCUGGAGGACACACUGGAGCUGUUCAGACUGUCCCGAGCUUUGGCUGACAUUGUCAUCCCACAGGAAUAUGGCAUAAACAGAGUGGAGAAGCUGGACAUAGCAUACGCCUACUGCCUCCCACUGGUCAGAAAGAUUCAGCUUGACUUGCAGAGGACCCAUGAGGACGAGUCUGUCAACAAACUACAUCCUCUGUACUCUCGUGGAGUGAUGUCUCCUGGGCGCCAUGUCAGGACACGUUUAUAUUUCACCAGUGAGAGUCACGUCCACUCCCUGCUCAGCAUUUUCCGCUAUGGAGGCUUGCUUGAUGAGGAGAAGGACCAGCAGUGGAAGCGUGCCAUGGAUUACCUCAGUGCUGUCUCUGAACUCAAUUACAUGACUCAGAUUGUCAUCAUGUUGUAUGAGGACAACAAUAAGGACCUGACCUCUGAGGAACGCUUCCACGUGGAGCUUCACUUCAGCCCAGGCGUCAAAGGCGUUGAGGAGGAGGAGAACGCACCAACUGGCUUCGGCUUCAGGCCCGCUUCUGCAGAGGUAGCACGACAGAACGGGCAGAAACAGCCCGACCCCGGCAGCCUGGAGGACCUCUCCCGAGAUGAGACGGACCGUGCUGUGCCACUGUCUGAGCCAAUCACUAUUCAGAGGAAGUCCCCCCUCAUACGCAAUCACAAGACUGGAUCCAUGGAGGUCCUGUCGGAGACAUCAUCCUCCAAAGUAGGCAGUUAUCGCCUCUUCUCGUUUUGCUCACGUCAAUCCCCUGAGAUGAAACAAAGUGGAUUAGGCUCUCAGUGCGCCGGGCUCUUCAGCACCACUGUCCUAGGUGGGUCCUCUAGCGCCCCUAACCUGCAGGACUACGCACGCGCACACCGCAAAAAAUUCUCCACCGGCAGUCUGUCCUACAAAGACGAGUUGUUGUGUAUGCCGGCAGUAAAACGAUUUUCUGUGUCGUUUGCAAAGCAUCCGACUAAUGGAACACAAGAUGACACGUCCACCCUAGCAGUGGCUGCACCUCUGUGGUGCACUGCGACAGAGCCCUUGGAGGAGCACCAUGUGGCCCAGUUGUUGAGGCGUUUCUCCACCGACCUCAGCCUGGGCCGCCACCUCUCUCUGGACGGGGCGCUGGCCCACCACCUCCACCAGUGCUCCUACCACCUCCGCCUCUUCCGAAACUGGCUCAUCUCCGGCCAGGACCCCCUAGAGUACCUCUACGGCUUUGAAGGCUGCUCCAUGGUGCCCUCCAUCUAUCCUCUGGAAACGCUGCACAACUCGCUGUCACUAAAACAGGUCAACGAGUUCCUCACCCGAGUGUGCGAGAGUGCAGGGGACCUACACACCAGGACUACCCGAGCUCUGUCAGCCAUGUUUGACACACACAACCAGCCGUCAGUGGACUCGUACAUCCCCCAGAGAGUCCUCUCUUCCUCCAUCUCUCUCAGAUCUCGUUCUGACAGACCUCCUUGGUACAGCAGCGGUCCGUCCAGCACGGUGUCCAGCGCUGGGCCAUCUUCUCCCACCACAGCCGACACUUCCCCACGCUUCAGUUUCAGCGAUAAGAUCUCCCUCACCCCUCAGAGCAGCGAGGAAACUCACUCCUCUCAAAACAUUUCUACGCAGCCGGCGCCUGCCAUCGGGUUACAAGCCCUCGACCCAGCUUGCGCUGCAGUUUCGAACCCCGCUGAAGUCCCUCUGACUCCAAACAACUCGCCAGAGGAUGAUGACAUCACUGGUCACCAGCCAGAUAAUCUUGAACACAUGCAGGAAGUGCCAGAGGUGGCCUCUGCGACCGUGGAUCCUCCAGUUUCAGAUCCUGGCCUGAGGCCACCCUGCUCUGCGUUAGCUGAGCUUGCUCUGGGCCGGAUGGAGGGUUACUGCCUGCCAGGCUCUCUGCCUGUGCUGCUGGAGCUCAGAGAGAGCAGCAGCGAGGCGGGCUCUAGCUCCCAGACGCCCCAGUCUCCUGAGGGACCCGACGAGUUCUUUGACACCCAGGAGUCCAUGGAGUUAUGGAUGGACAGUCCGGAAAGCCUCCCCCAUCCUGAGACGCCUCUGGAGGUUGGAGCCACUCACCCAGCAGAGCCGUAGGGCCUGAGAGACUACAGAACGACAGCUCUGUCAGAAACUGCUGUGGUUACAUCUGUAACUCGACAGGCGUCGUCCUCGCAGCGAGGCAUCGUACUGAGCUGCAGCCAGCCCGGCCUCCCCUCUCCUCUAGCUUCAUGACUGCGUGCUGAGUCAUUACGGGCAGCUGAUCCUCACACUCGGCACCUGUGUCAGAGUCACAUGACGAUGCCACACGUGCUGUUUGUUGCCUUUUGAAAAAGCACACUGGUGACAUACCAGUGACACCACUGAGCCUGCUCUGACAGUCCACUGGUUCAGUCCGUCUGUCUGUAAAGAUGUAGGAAGCCACUUACUGACAGGUGAAGCUUUAUUGAUAAGUUUAAAUUGAACAGCUCUCUGUUAGUGUCGUUCAUGUGCUGCUGCACGAGCCCUCAGAGAGAAGCUGAGACACCUGCAGCUCUGACAUCUCACCACCUUAUAAAGUCACAUCCAGCAGACUCUGAGCUACAUUAUCACACUGGAGCCACGUUUGUAAGUCUCCUUUUAGCUCUGGUUUGUUCUUCACCAACAUGUGAGACAAACGUCUGGUGUUUCACAGUUCACGUGUCCAGCUGAUCCAUUGUGACCAUAUCGAUUAACGGAGCUGUAAACCGUGUGCCGUCUUCUUCCCGUCUCUCUUACCUGUGGCCCUUACUCUCACACAGGUGCAGUGGUGAAGUUUUAGCCUUCGUGUUACAAACUUUCAUAUCAUCGAUCACAAUCAGGUGACGGGUGUUACGUUUUCUGGCACUGGGGCAGCCACACCUUAUCAUUGAUAAGUGAGCUAAUGUUUUCCUGUUCUCCAUAUUUGUUACAGUGACAUAUAGACUCAGUGCUUGCCAGAUAAACAGGAAAUAAUUAGCAGUACAAUACAGAGAGACUGACAGAGAAUACAAUCACCGGCUCUUCUGCUCUUCGUCAUACGCCAGAGUCUGUCCUCUGCUGAGCUUCUGUGGCGCUACAUCUUUAGCAUCUGCAUUGGUGAUUUAAGAAACCAAGCAAAAGCCGAGCGACAGCAGCUGAAUCUUCAUUACUGCCGGUAAAAUAUGUGUACGUUUAAAAUUGAAGUCAUUUCCCGGUGGAACCGUGUGUGCACUGCUUACUGCCAAAGUCCUUAAGCCUCAUCGAAGAUUUAAUAUAAUCAGUAGGAAAAGAUAGAGAGAAAAUAUUUAUUUUGAAAUUGCAUCUUGAAAAAGAAAUGUCAGCUAUUUUUAAAUAGCCACACAUUAGAUAUUUAAUUGUACCAUAGCUGUUGUAUAUUUUUCUUUUGUAAAAAAAUCACCUCAUGAUGUGGGAAAAUCCGAAAGCUAAUCUCUCAUUUUAUCACUGAACAAACAGGAGGGGCAUUUUACAUUCAAUGCGCUUUUAUCGUGGCAGCAGUUAUGUAGCAGGUGUGUGUGUAUGUGUGUUCAUGGUGGGGGGCGGGGCGGGGCGGGGCGGGGGGCGCACACAUGCUUGAGAAGCAAUUCAGGUAGAUGAGCACACUGAUGUGCAAUUGUGUGUUUAAUCAGUGGGAUUUCGUGUUACAUUGCGAUGUACUGUACAGGUGCAAAACACAACUGUGAGUUAGUGACACUCUGACCUGUUGUCCUGUCUGUGUGUACAGAUAAACAAAGUGACACCAGUCUGAUUGUGUGCCGUCUUCUUGAGUUCAUAUUGUGCUGCAGGCACUGAUUGUGUAACGGGUCGGUUCACCCACAUUACAAAUAAAAACCACACAUU